GUACUGGCCAUUAUACCGGCCCCACGUGUGUCCAACACCCCGCGCCUCACAGCGCUCACCCGCUAGACGGCCACGCAUUCCCGCGACAGCGCCCUGAACACACCAACGUUUUGCAUUGGACAAUGGAUUCAAAAAAAAGAAGGUCAUCUCCGAGAGUUCAUGGUCCAGACCUGAGUCCUUCUCCCUCUACUUCAGAAGAACACAUUGUACCCGUCAAGAAAAAAAAAGGUCAUAAAGGACAUGAUAAGGUGGCAGAAAAUGUAGGACAUGCUGCUCCUGCUAUUGUUUGUGCCCAACAGCUAACCUGUCCUGUUUGCCUGGAUAUCUUCACCAGUCCCAUUUCCACCCCAUGUGGGCACAGCUUUUGCAUGGAGUGCAUUACAAGAUAUUGGGGUAGAAGUGGCGAUUGUAUUUGUCCAUUCUGUAAAAAAAUCUUUCGCCAGAGACCUGAUCUCAAUAUUAAUCGAACGUUGGCUGAAAUCACAGAGGAAUUCAAACAAACGAGAGUCAUGUACAGUGACCUUUGUUUUGCUGCCCCUGGAGAUGUGUCCUGUGAUGUCUGCAGUCGAAGAAAGUUCAAAGCUGUUAAAUCCUGCUUGGUAUGUCUGGCCUCUUUCUGUAAUGAGCACAUCAGGCCUCACAUUGAAGCGGUCAUUUUUAAGAAGCACACGCUGGUGGAACCUGUAAGUUGCCUAGAGGAUACACUGUGCACACAACAUUCGAGGCCCCUGGAGCUGUUCUGUAUGACUGACCAGACGUAUAUCUGCCUGCUGUGUGGCGUGAAAGAGCACAAGAUUCACAACACUGUCCACAUAGAGGUGGAAUGGGUUGAGAGAAUGAAACAAAGAAAGGUUCAAAAGGAAAUUCAAGAAAAACAUAAGUCACUGGAGGAGCUGAAAACGAAAGUGGAAUCCAUAAAGAAAUCUGCAUAUGAGGAGACAGAGGAAAGCACAAAGUCCCUGGAUGAACUGAUGCAGAUAAUUGAGAAAAAGCGAGAAGAUGUGGUUAGACUGAUUGAAAUGAAGGAAACAACCAAAGUAAAUCAGACAGAGCACCUCAUUAAACAACUAGAGCAAGACAUUCAGCGACUUGAAGGACUUUUGAAACCAAAUGAUUACUUCAACUGUCUAGUGAAGGAACAAUCUGUAUGUGAACCUUCGAACAGUCAAGACCCCGAUCCUGUUACUUCAUCUGUUGACAGUGACCUACUGCUGGGCAUCUAUAGAAAAGCAUUUGGUGAACUCUCAGACGUGCUCAGAGUCAAACUGGAAAAAACAACAGAAGCAGACAUGGCCCGGAUGCAGAAAUAUGCAGUGAAUCUAACUCUGGAUCCACAUACAGCUAGUCCGUCUCUUACUUUAUCAGCAGAUGGAAAAGAGGUUUGCUAUGGUGACGCGGAACAGGAGCUCCCUGACAAUCCAUUGAGAUUUGAUAUUUUUUUCAGUGUCCUAAGCAAAGAGGGCUUCACCUCAGGGCGACACUACUGGGAAGUGAAGGUUGGGGAAAAGACGGACUGGAUUUUAGGAGUUGUCAGAGAGUCUAUCAACCGAAAAGGAGACAUUGAACUGUGUCCUCAAAAUGGAUAUUGGACUGUGUCUUUGUGCUAUGGUAGUGGGUAUUGGGCUUUCACUUCCCCUUCUACCUUUCUUGCUCUGAAUGUAAAGCCACGAAAGGUGGGGGUUUUUCUCGAUUAUGAAGAAGGUCAACUGUCAUUCUUCAAUGUGGAAUCCCAAACUCACCUGUAUACCUUUAUUGACACAUUUACAGAAAAACUCUAUCCAUACUUUAGCCCUUGUGCUAAUGAAGAUGGUAAGAAUGCAGUUCCUCUAAUCAUUUGCACUACCUGUACUAGAAAGUAAUUGCGUAUGUUCAUAUUGAUCGAAAAUGCACCACCAAAUAAUGGUGGUCUUUGAUUUUAGUACAAAAAUAUUCCACCAAAAGCCCAAAAUAAAUGUAACAAGCUCACAAAAUUGGAUGACGGAGGACUUGCUUAUGCAGUUGGUGUUUCAUGUGCUAGACCUCCCUGUUCUUACUUCUGACUUACUUGUUCAUAAGCAUAAAAACAUUAACUAUAAUGCAUUUGCCACAGACUUGUCUAUAUUUUUAAGUCAGACAAGCAUACAUUGACCCUAGCAGACAUUCCAAUGCCAAAAGCAGAACAACAUAAUGAGGAGUAAGUACUCUUUGUAUAACCAGUGGCAACCUUUCGGUAAAUUCCAAUUUCCUUCUCUCUGACACUGAGAUAUUUCCAACCUUUUAUAAAUAGUUAUUUUAUAUAGAACUCUUUUAGAGGGCUAUAGACUUUUGCAUAUAUAAGAGUUAAUUAAUAAAAAAAUUAAACUUCAUGUAAAUAGAACAUAUGGUACACAUAUUUGUAAACCUGUUCUGACAUUUUUAUUCCUGUACUUUUUGGUUGAAAAUUACUAUAUUACUACUGUAAUGCUGUUUUAUUUAAAGAUGUUUUUCUCAAUAAAUGAUGCUUUUUUUUUUUUUUUUAAACUGUCCAUGAGAACAAAACAGGUAAACGUGCUGAAUGUUUGUCCUGAGCUUUGCUGAUGGUCAUUACAAAGGCUGGGCAAAUCAGAAAUGGCCUUCUCUUAAUUUUAAAAGAUAAUGUUUGGUGAUUAGUAGACUGAUCCUCACCAAUGAAAGAUUCAGUGGUAACUUCAACUUCAGUUACAUUUUGAAGCAGAUUUAUUACCAUUAAGGUUUCUAAGAACCACCAGGAUGAUUGUUCCUUUUAAAGAGGAUGGAUGUAUGGUGGCGGCUGAGAGUCCUGAAGAGUUAAUAAAUGAACUCAAAUACUUCAGUACUAACUGUGCUGAAGUAUGUAUGUACUUUCUUCAUAUUGCAUCAGUUCACAUGUGAUGUGUAUGUUAAUGUCGAAGCAGUUAUUUUUCAUAGAGCAAAAGAUGAUGAUGCUUUUUAUUUCAUUUACUAAUUCAGGCUUAAUAGAUGACCCCAAAUUUUCCUUGAGUAAACGUAAAAUAAACUCAUGUAUGUACCAUGUCCUAAAGGAUUAUCAAUAGAUGGCCUUGUGGGGGCAUUGCUUUAAUUACAAUAAUCUUUUCUGCCCACCAGUUUGCCGCUAUCUAAAGUUUUUUUUGCAUUUCCAGAACCAAUAAGCUUUUCAUUAAAACUAAAUUCAAGGUUUUAGUCCUAUUAAUUUGCAAGUACCA